UUCAAAUGUUGUGAACCGUUAUUUUAGCAAAUCUAAACAGCUGUUUUUAGAUUACUUAUCUACUUAAACAAUUCAUUAAACAUUUUGGUAUAAAGAUAUAGAAGUUUAACAAUUUCUUUAAAUCAUGGAUACUGAUGAUUACAAUGAACUAACAUCUCAGUUAGAUGCAAGAGAAAUAUUACGCUACUUAAAUCAUUUAGGAAUACACAACAUUAGUGGAGAAGUUUUGAAAUACUUUAUAACAGAUUUAAAGAAACUCAUAAAAUAUGAUUUGCAACAGAAACAUGAAAAAGAGAACACAAAAAGUCCUUUGAACCUGGGACCUGAACGAUUACACAGCGCUACUACAUUUUCCUCAAGAACAAGAUCCAGAAACACGACCAGUGAUAUAUUAAUUUGUUGUUCUAAACAAAGUCAGAGACCUAAAAAACUUCUAGACUUCCGUAAUAUACACUCUGCACCUAAUUUAUAUUCGAAAGAAGAGGUCACACAAACAAAAAAAUCGUAUUCCUGUGAUAGAAAUGUGAAGAAAUCUGAUAUCUUAUCUAAAGAAUUAAAAUCUAUACCAACAAUCAGUAGUAAUUUUAUCAGGAAACCAAAAGAGCCUGUAAAGAGGAAACAUGACCCAGUUUCUCUCUAUCAUUAUUAUUCAUCAUUAUGGGAAAAAUACAAACCGAAUGUACCUGGAGAAAAUAAUUGGUCAGAACUAAGGUGGAGUAUACGACAGAAAAUGGCAGGAAGCACUGCUUCACAAUCGAGUAGAAAUACUGUUCCCAUUAGACCACUUAUCCAGAGUAAGAAGUUGAAAUGACGAUCUUGCUUAUCGCUGGUGAAUUUGUACUUUCCAUUCCAAAUGAAGACCUGAAUUUGGUUAUUAAUGUUGAUUAAGAUGGCAGCUAUCAGUACUAUUUCAAAUUUUGAAGAAAUGUUUUGAUUUUGUCAAAAUUAUAUAAUUAACUCGUAUGGAAAAAUGAUUUACAGAAACAUUACAGUAUCAAAGGGCAGGUGUUUAAUUCAGGUCUGAUUUGGAAUAUUAUAUGAUUGUAAAUACUGUUACUAAUGACUAUUUUAUUCAUUCAAUAAGUUCCUACAUAUGUUUUUGUAAUUUUGAUCUAUUGAUAAGUGACAAAAUGCCUUGUAUUAAAUGAAUUACAAUCUAUUUGUCUUUAUUGCAUGUGUCUUAGCCUGAAAGUUUCUCCAGUAUUA